AUGAAAAAAAAGGAGAGUUCAUACCUUGGAAUUGAUAAUCCUCUUUAUAGUUAGAAUAUUUCUUCUCCUCGAUUUGAGGAACUAUUACCUAUAUAUUCUAAUGAUAAUGGGAUAGAACAACCUAUAGAUGAAGCAUUAAAAGAUAAGAGAAAUAUUUUUGAAAGAGAUAAUUUUGGGGCAUUAAAUGAAGGUCAUAAGGAAUAAAAUUCUGAAGAUGAUUAUUAUUUGAGUAGUGUUAGGUAAUAUAUUGAUUGGAUCAUAUAAGUAGUAAUAGAUCUGAUUAAGAAUCAGCAAGAUCAAGAACGAAUUCUUUAAUAAAACAAUAGAGAAGUUCUAGUAUUUAGAAAAACCAAUAGAUAAAUUAGAGUCCUUUAAAAAAAGGGAAUACUGGAUUAAUAGUUGAUUCGACAUUCAAUUUAUUAGUUUAAGGAGUGAAGUCAAACUCAAAAAUUGAUAAGUACUAAAGUUUUGUAUUACAAUUUGAAUUAGAGGAGGAUAAAAUAAGAAAGAAAAAAGAAUCACAAUAGUAAAAGAGUAAUUAAACAAAUGAGCUUUCAUCUAAAAAGCUUGGUGGAAAAUAAGAAAGAAAGAUGGGGUAUAAUUAAAACUCAUACUUAGUUUAAACAACAUAUGGGCUUCCAAGGGACUUAUAAUAAUUCGAUUAGUAUCUCGAUUUAUCUAAUAGCUGAAGACUAAGACUGAAACUAUAAAGUUUAGACUUUUAACAAAGAAGAUAUUUUCUGUUAUUGGUGAUUUAUCUAGCAAUUUUGAGUAUAUCUUAAUUUCUCAUUAAAUUAAGUAAAAACCAAGUUUAGUAUAAAAUUUUAAAAUUAAUAAGUUCUUAAUUUUGAAAUAUAAUUUUUAGAAAAGAGCAAAAAAAUUACUUCAUUGUUUAGAAAAUUUUUAAGAUUGUUUAAGUAGAAAUAUUAGAGUAAUCAGACCUGAUAGUAAGUUUAAAAUAGUUUGGGAUAUUUUGUUAUUACUUUUUAUAGUGAUGAAUAUAUUUUACAUACCAAUUAAUAUAAGUUUUAAUAUAUCAACAUCAGGAGUAUUUGAAUAUUUAUUUGAUUUGUUACCAUCAUGGAUUUUUGUAGCUGAAAUAAUUAUUAAUUUUAACACAGCUUAUUAUGAUAAAGGAUUAAUGCAUGAAGAUAGAAAAUCAAUAGUUAAACACUAUCUAAAAGAUAAUUUUUUUUGGGAUUUAGUAGUAGUAAUACCAUUUAUGAUGUCUAAUAUGAAUAUACCUUUUGUGAGAUAUACUUUAUUACUUAGAUUGACAAGGUUGUCUCCAUUGAUGGAAAGUAUUGAGGAAAUGUUAAAUUUAGAGGUAAUAUAAUAUGAAUAUAAAAAAAGGAAAACAUUCAAAUAAUUGUUGAUCUUUUCAAACUUAUUUUUUUUCUUGUUUUGACCGGUCAUUUUUGUGGAUGUGCAUGGCAUUUUGUUGCAUUAACAGAAUAUGAAUCAUUUGGUAUAACUGAUAAUUGGUUAACUCAUUAUGAUAGAUAGGCAUUUGAUUAUAAUUGGUUUGAUAGAUAUAUAAUUUCUCUUUAUUGGAGUGUAAUAACAACAGUUACUGUUGGUUAUGGAGACAUUGUACCUGUCACGACUUUUGAAAGAAUAUUUGUUAUAAUUGUAACAUUAUUACUUUGUGGAGUAUUUGGUUAUUGUAUUUCAAAUAUUGGUAAUAUUUUUAAAUAGAUGUCUGAUAAAAAGACCACUUAUAAAUUUAAACUUAGAUAAAUACAUUAACAUAUUAGAAAAAGAGGUCUUAAUCUUAAUCUCUCAUUAAAAGUAAUACUUUAAUUAAUUCAAAAGGUUAAGAAAUAUUUUGAAUACUUUUUCUAAUUAGAAUAAGAAGAAGAUAGUCACGCAGAGAUAUUUAUAAAUUAAUUAACUAAACAUUUAAAAGAAGAAGUUUUAACUGAUUUAUAUUGUAAUACACUAAAGAAAUCAAGAUUUCUCAGGGAGAAUUUUAAAGAAUUAACAAUUAACAAUCUGUGUUAAUUUGUUAAAGAGAAGAAAGUAUUACCAGAAGAAGUCUUAUAUUCUCGAUUUGAAUAACCUAAUAAAGUAUGGUUUGUACUUUCUGGUGCUUUAGAAUUUGUAGCAGAUCAUUAGAGUAUAUUCAAUUAAUGAUUUAUAGAUGAAAAUGAUUUCUAUGAAGCUACUGAGACUUUUCUCAAGAAAGUUAGUUCUGGGUAAUUAUAUAUAAUCUAAAAUUAGAGCAGUAUUAGGAGAAAGAGAAUUCAUUACAUAACAGCCAUAUGAUUAUAAAGUAAGAGCUUUAAAAUUUACUUAAAUGGCUUAUAUUGAGUAUCUUUCUUAUUUCUAAAUAGUUAUGAUGAUUUUAUAAAAGUCAUAAGUGAAAAUUAAUCAGAAUAUGAAAUAUUUUGUAUGAAGAGAGAUCGCUUAUUAUUCAAUCCAUAAUAUAAAGGAUCUGGAAAUAUUUGUGAAAUUUGUGAAUGGACUCAUAAUUUUAUAUAGUAAAUAUAAUUUAUUAAAUUAGAUGUCCUUUUGUAUUCUUAUAACCAAAUAUUAAUAAAAUAUCAAAUAGUUUCACAGCUGUUAAAUUAAAUAAUAGAAUUAAAUUUCCUUAUCGACAUACUAUUAAAUCUAGAUCAAGAGAAAAUUUAAAUAAUGUUUAAGAAGGAGCUUUAAAAAUUAUAGUUGGAAAUUUAACUGAAUAGUAUAUUAAUUUUAUUAUAAUAGAGAAUUUACAGAUGAAUAUUUAGUAUCUUUAGGUUUUUAACUGACUUAAAAUUUAGAAAUGGAUUCAUAAAGUGCAGAUGAAUAGUCUAAAAAUUUAAAUGAUUCUCAAUCUCUCACAAAAAGUGAAAUUUAAAAGGCAUUUUAAAAGAAAAGUACAAAAACUUUGGUUGGAGGAGUAAAUACAGAUUUUAAAGAAAAUCAUGAAUUAAAAAAAAGUAUAAUGAAUUUUUAGAGAAUAUAAUUUGGAAGGGAAAAAUCAAAAGCAUUCUAGGUAUUAAAGAAGGAUGUAUAAGAAAAAACACUAGAAAUGUAAGAAUAAUAAUAAUUAAUUGGAAUACCUAAUAACUAAAUAACAAACUAAAAUACUAAAUUAUAUUAAAAAUAAAUAUAAAAUGCUCCUAGAAGAUUAUCAAAUUUAGAUGAACUUGGUAGUCUUUUAUAAUCUUAAAAGUUAGGAAAUCAAAGCAAUUAAUAAGAUUAAGAUUAAAAUAAUUGUGUGAUUAAAUAACUGAGUAAAAAUAGUGAUGCUAGCGAAAUGUAAGAAUCAUUAAUAAGAAAAUAAAUAGAGACUUAAGAAAAAAGAAUAUAAAUAGGCGGAGAAUAAAGAAGGAAGAAAAGAAAAACAACUAUAUAAUUAAUAUAAAAAUCUUAACGUAGAUCUUAUUAAAAUUAAUAAACAAAUUUAAAUCCAGUUUUAUAGUAAUAAAAAUAAUAGAUUGUUUUAACAAUGGAUCAGAAAUUAAAAAGACUUAAUAUAGGAGGAUAAACAUAAUCAAAUUAUAUUACAAGUACUGGUUAGAUAGAAAUAUCUGGUGAUUGUGAUGAAAAUACUUAAGGAGGGGGAGAUUCCUUAUAAAGAAAGAUUAUGGAUAUUGUUCAUACAAAUGAAAAUUUAUAGAUAGAUUAUUGUAGAUCUUCAUUGAAUUAUUUUCCUGAGUUUAAUAUUGAUGCAAUUCUUAAGAAAAUAGAUCAUUAUUAUUCAUCUGUAAAGGGAGUUGAAAAAAAAAUGUAUAAAAGAAGUAAAUCAAAUAGAAACUUAUUUGAAAGAAUUAAACCUUCGAAAAAUGCAACUAUAAAAAGUUAAUAAUAUAAUUCUAGAUCCUAAUAAGAUGUAUGA